AUGUCAUUCUUCAGCCAUUACAAUUCUUCGUCCGAAGAUGAAGGGUAUUGGCCUCCUCCGGGUCGGAGGAAAAGGCACCCUGCUGGGAACAGACAACCUGACGACUCGGACAGCACAUCGUCUGGUGAUUGUGUAUCAAAUAUUUUAUUCGGAUCCAGUGAUCCUAUGCUCAUCAAUCAAAAUGAUAUCACACCCCAUAGAUUCAAUUUUAACCAAUCGCCUAAUUCAUCGAUUGGGUUUUUUUCCCAGCAAGCCAAUUUUUCUUGUCCAUCCAGUGAAAUGAAUUUUCCGCCACAUUUCUCAGAAAGUUUUGAUGCCGCUCAAAAUUGUUCCGAAAAAUCUAAUACUAACAUUUGCUCACGAUUUAACGUUUGUCGUAUUGAUGAUGAUCAGCCUAAAACAGAAGAGCAAUCUAAUCCUUCCACUCCUCCAAUGCUCCGACGAUUUCUAGACAGUCAAAAUGAUCCAAGGACAGAUAGUUCCCAAUCAUUGCCACCGGUGAGAUUCCGAAAUUGGGUAGAUGAUGAUUCUUUCCGAUAG